AAUAACGACUUCGAGAGACUGCAGACCAAAAUGGCAGUGGCAAGAUCGUCGUCCGUCCUUCGGCAGAAGAAAAUUUUCAAAAUCGUAGCACUCAUCUUUUUGGUCCUGCUCUUUGUGUUCGUACUGCAAUACAACACAGACAAAAAGCACGAAACAAGCGAAGAAACGAAUGUCCUUACACGGUUAGAUCUGCCAUGGAGAAGCAAAAAAGGGUUUCCACGCAAAGAAGACUACGAGAAGGAGUAUCCUUUGCUGCUGGAAAACGAACAGUUGGUGAUUUGUUACGAAAGCAAUAAGGACUACCGAAAGCCAUUGUACGCUUCCACCACGCUGCCUGAGGCUGUAACGGAUGAACCAAGCACAACACAGCGGAACCAGCAGCAGCAGCAGCAGCAGAACCAGCAGCAGCAGCAGAACCAGCAGCAGCAGCAGCAAAUCCAACCGCAACAACAGUCCAAUGGCACCGAGCCGAUGAUUUACUUUGUCACGCCGACUUACCCGCGACGCGAGCAGAUCGCGGAAAUAAUUCGGCUUGGUCAAACGCUGAUGCACGUGCCCCGGUUGCAUUGGAUCGUGGCCGACGACACGAGCAGUUGCAGCGCUACGCUAAACAGUCACAUUAGGAAGUUCGGAAUACCGUACACACAGCUCGCUAGUCCGAUGCCCGAGAUGUACCGUGCUCGAAAGAACGCUCCCCGGGGCGUUGCCAAUCGCCGUGCAGCACUCAAUUGGAUCCGCAGAAAUCAGAAGAAAGCGGGCGUCCUGUACUUUGGCGAUGACGACAACACGUUCGAUCUGAAGCUGUUCAGCGAGAUUCGGUACACGAAGAAAGUGUCCAUGUUCCCGGUGGGACUGAUUGGGGACUACGCCAUCAGUACGCCCAUCGUAGAAAACGGUCGCGUGACGGGUUUCUUUGAUUCGUGGCCCGCCAAGCGUAAGUGGCCCGUUGAUAUGGCCGGUUUCGCGGUCAGCCUCGAGUAUCUGGCACUCAGCCCGAACGCAACGAUGCCAUUCAAGGCCGGGUACGAGGAGGACGAGUUCCUGAAGAGCAUCGGUCUGAAGCUGGAAGAUAUUGAACCGAAGGCGCGCAAUUGUACGGAAAUUCUCGUGUGGCACACGCAAACGAAGAGUAGCAAAUCGCCCACGGUACGAAUCUCGAUGGACCGGCAAAAGCUAGAUAAGCUGAAUCUUGGCGCACUGCUGAGCCGGUUGGAAAGUAUGGGCGUGAAUCAUAUCAGCGAAUCCGAAGGAACAACAGCUCAGGCCAUUGUGAAUGGUAGUGUGAAACCGUUGUCGUUUUGGUUUAGCUAAUAAGUGUAAUCGUUUCGCCGGC